AUGCCGCCCCAGAGCUCGGGCGCCGAGGUGGCCGCGCUGGCGGGCCUGACGAGGUGCCGCGCCAGCGACUUCAUCACCCCCCAGGGCCGCACGCGCCCCACCCCGGAGGCGGGCCCGGACGCUGCCGGCGACAAGGCCGCGGGCGAGCCCGCCGGGCCGGCCCGCGCCCCGCGCGGCGCUGCCCCCGAGGCCGGCGGCGCUCCCGGCAGCGCGGCGGGAUCUGGCGCCCAGAGGUCGAGCAGGUCGCGCUCCCGCUCGGGCUCCUCCCGCGCGGCGCCCGGCCGCCGGGAGCCCUCGCGGUCGGUGCCUCGCCGCCCCCAGGGCCCUGUUCAGUGCGCGGCCAGCUCCAUGUCGCCCGAGGAGCUCGCGGAGCGGCGGCAGGUGCGCGAGCAGUGCCUCCUGAACAGGCGGCGGAUGUGCCGCUUCUUUGCCAAGGGCGACUGCCAGAAGGGCGUCUUCUGCAUCUGGGCCCACGGCGAGGCCGAGUUGGACACGACGCCUCAGCUCGGCCACCGCCCCCGCAACACGAGGCUGUGCAUCCACUUCCAGGCCGGCUGGUGCGGGCAGGGCAAGGCCUGCCCGUACGCGCACGGCACGGCCGAGCUCGUCGCCAGCCCGCGGGCCCGGGCGCCGCAGGCCGCCCUCGGCUCCGCGGGCGCUGGCCGAUGCCUGGCCCUGCCGGCCCCGCCGCAGCCGAGCGACCCGCCCGCCCGGCGGGCGAGCCUGCGACCCAACGCCAAGAAGCGCGCCGCGCCGGCGGCGGCGCCGCCGCAGAAGAACGGGAGGGCCACCCUGGUGCCUGGCCGCGGGAGCUUGCGAAGCCACAGGUCCCGCUCCCGCUCGGCGCACUCGCCCUGCGGGCGCGGGGGUGCCGCGCGGCCGGCCGCGGCCGCCGGCCAG